UCGUCAUGCAUUUGUGCGUGCACGCUGUUAACGGUCAUAUCUGUCUUGCUAGCUAAUUUAGCUAGCUCAUCAACCAGUAUUUUAUACGCUAUUUCUGCACGAUAGCACUUAUUAAAGACUUGAAACUUAUAGGGACCUAACUGUCAUCACUGGUCAUCUAGCUAGCCCUUAUUUGCCAGCAGGGUUGCAUCGGUUUCCAUUGGAUUUGACAGUUUGUUAGGCUGGCUAAUGGGUAGCUAAUUCCCUAACGCGAACUGCUUAUCAUGUAGCAGCCUAUGCUGACUAGCAACUAGCUAACAUCAAUAACCUUUAGUCGUGGGUCCACAAAUUCAAACAAAUGGUACUGAACGGAUGACAAAAUCAUGUUUCUAAAUUGUAGUGGCUAUUUAUGUUUUGUUUAUUUGUUUUUUGCUGAAUGACAUUGCGAAUAUAAUCAUUUUUGUCAUUUAACUACCGGUAUGUAUCUAAUCCUGUUUCGGCAUGAGAAAAGUAUUAAUCCCAAAUUCCCGCGAGAAUUUGCGCACUAACGGAUACUGGGCAAUAGAAAUCAGAGAUCCGGUCACGAAUGCGGAGCCACUCCCGAAAAUAACAAGGCGUUUGUGACACAUUCAUGCGUUCCAGUUUGUCAUAAUUGUCUGUAGGUUCUAAAUUGUCUAUCAGCUUGGCUGUCCUUCAGAAAGUAGCUAAUACUUGUACUCUACAGCUGUAUUUUCCUACAGUUAAUAAUAAUACUAGCAACAAAACAGAUUUAAUUCCUUAAAAUGAUAUUGCCAGAUGGAAGAAAAUAACAAGCUUGAGAGAUCAUCCCGGACUUUGCCCCCUCUGCUGUAGCUGAGACGUCCCUAGAAGACAUAGUCUUACUGUUCUAUGAUGUUUCUGACACUGAGACAGUCAGAGCCUUGUCCCAGUCUCUAGACCUGCCUGUCUGUGUGGUGGAUGACCUCCUGCCCUCUGAAGCUGUCAAUGAGAUGGAGCAGAGCAAUUCUGCCAGGAGCAGAGCAACCUCAGUGACGGAAACCACAGAAGAGGGGAAGCUCAACAGUGUGGAAGAUCUGACACUUAUGGACUUCCUUCAAAACCUAACUGAGAAGCAAUGGAGGGGGAUUCGUGAGGGCAUGUUUGACCCGCUGACAAAACAACAGCUUGCCGGCUUGUGUCUGAGGAUUGACCAGUUUUUAUCGGACAAGCUGAUGCAGAUCAUCAUCCCAGGUCUUUACGAACUACUGGGCAUCCAAGAUGCUGCCUCCUCUCAAUUGUCACAGAGAUCUCUCACAGCGUCACUCACCAGCCUGUUAGACGAUAAGGCUAACACCAAGUCCCGUGUGAGAUUUACUGAGGCUGGUGUACCUAAGAGGCCAGGCAGACGAAAGUCUUACAAUAGCUUUCGCAUCCCGACUCCCUACCCUUCCUCCAACUGUAUGGAGCAAAAAGAGGAAGAAGAGCAGGAAUCACAACAACAUAAGUUCAAGGAGUUUUACCUGACUAAGGAGAUGGGCAGUCUGGGCAGUGGAAGCUACCUGCCCAAGGGGGCCAUGAGGUCUCAAACCUCUCUGUCUGAGGUGCAGAAGAAAACAACCAACUCUGAGUCGCUACAUGUCCUUUUAGGUCUCUCAGAGGACACCCUCGUCACCUGUGUGCAGGACAGCCUGCAAGGUUCUCUCUCCAAACUUGCAUGCAUGUCCGAUUCUCCAUCUGGAAGUGCAGGCUCUAUGAUGCUAAUCUCUGCUGUAAUGGCAGAGUUGGCUAAAGAUGUCAAGUCGGCCGUAUCACUGGUCGUUAAGAGUGCCUCCGCAAGUCAAACCUCUCUAGUGACAUCUGGAAGAAGGGGAGACUCGGAGACCAAGGUGACUGAAAGCAUGGUGAGAGAGCUGGCUGCUAAACUUGAAAAAGUUGACCAAGAGAGCAAGAGUCUAACAGGGCAAGUCAUGACCACCAUCUCUGACACAAAGGUGGCUUUUGUUGACGAGAACGAACACAGUUUGCUGGAAGUUCUGAAGGACAAGAUCACGUUUUUGGCAUCGCAUGUUGGCUUCAUUGACGAUCUUGAUGCCCUGAUAAGGAAAUACGAGAGCAGCUACAAUAUUGGUGAAUCUGGUUCCUCCUGCACGCUCACAUCUAAGAGCAUCCAAAAACUCUCCAGCCGGCUGUUCCUAACAUCAGCAAUGCAAGCAGUGAGUGGAGUUCUUGCCAAAAAAGUCAGUAGUUUGAGCUUUCCUAGUUCAGUCGUUCAGUCUGAGAUAACAGGUGCUGUAUCAGGUCAAACAUUAUCUGGCAUUGUAAAGACAGAGUCAAUUCACCCAGUGGGCUCAGCAGCGUCAGUAGUUGUUAAGACUUUCGUGUCAGAUAUGAAGUCCUUGGCUGAAUCUGAAGAGAGUCUGCAACAGAAGAGUGCCUGGUCUGCUGCUGCUCAUAUCUACCACAGCAUCCAAAACAACUUGAAAGAUUAUUUCGGCAAGCUUCAGCGAUGUGCCUUAAAGAGCAUUGUCACAUCUGAUGACAACAUCACAAAUGCUGAGUUUAAGGAGACAGUUCCACUUCCUUGCUUAGACAUGGAAUAUAGGCCCAGUAAGAGUGAGCCUCAGUUGCCAGAGUCCACUGGUGAAGUUACUUUACAAAGAGGCCUAAGUGAGAGCUCAAAACUUCUUUGGGCACAAACUGACUCAGAAGAAAGCAAGCUCCUUUUGACAACUUGCACUAAAGAAGUCAUCUCAGAGCUUCUGGUCUUGUACAACACUGAGAUGUCAAAGGAGGACCCCCUGUACACUGUUGGAGAAAAAGGAUCAGACUUCUCUAUUGAGAGAGAACAAUUUGUAGAAUGUGUUCUGGCUCAGCUUGGGGAUAUCUCCCAUUCCAGGGCCUCAUCAUCAAUAGUAUGUGAAUUCCCCUCUCAAAUUGAGGACAGCAGAAGUAAUGCCACAGCUUCUUUGACCAGUCUGUUAAAUUGCAUGAAAAAACUCUCAAGUGAGGAAUUCAAGAGAAACGCCACUCAAGCAGUGAGUGAGUUCCUAGUUAAAAAGUCCACCAGUAGCUUAACUAGUGCAAAGCCUGCUUAUUCUGUAGUAUCCAGGUUUGGUUCCAUUCAAAACCAGUACACAUGGUCAAAGGAUAUUUGUGCAGAUUCUGCUGCCUUUGGCAUCAUUGACACAUUUGUGGAAGACCUGCAGAGCUUGGUGCAACCUGCAGAAGUAGAGGACAGAGAACCUGACCUCCUGGAAAAAGCACAAAAGCUACAGAACAGGAUUUGGUCAGCUACCACUAGUUUAUAUAACAAUAUUAAGAAGACAUUAAAGGACUUCACCAUUCACCAGCGGAGGUCAGACAUGCUGAGCAGAAUGUCCAGUCAUAUACCCACAGAGGACUCUGAACAUCUUGGGACUAAGGAGCACAUUUGUUUGGCAAGCCAGGACUUGAGGCAAGCUAGUAAGAGUGUGCCUCAUUUGCCCAGUUUGAACCUUGAAGUGGCUCUACACAGGGGUGUCAGCGAGAGUUCAAAACUUCUCUGGACUGAAACGGACGAGGCUCUACUGACCAAUAGUACCAAAGAGGUCAUUUCAACAAUCUUGACCUCGUGCGAGGAUCAGACAUCAAAUGCACCUUGCUUCUCCACAGUAGGAAAGAAAAUAUCUGAUAUGUCCCUUGAGGUCAACGUGUUGGUAGGUGGUGUUCUGUCUCAGCUGAAUAACAUCUCCUGGUCAAGGUCCCCAACACCAUGUGAAGACAUGUUUGAACGUCUCCAAGAUUCUCCUGAGCGAACCUCUCCAGUAAGUCUAGUUUGCAGCACGGCUGCCUCCAAAGGCAUUGCAUCUUCCCAUAGUCUUUCAACAAAGAGCCUCCAGAAACUCUCUAGUCAUGAGUUCCAAACCAAAGCUGAGAAAGGAGUGAGUGAGGUCCUCUCUAGAUCAUUUAACAUUGUGGAGGAAGGUACAACAGAUAAGUACCUCCAGUCUGUAUCUACAUCCACCACAUCUACUGAUAUUAUACAAACCAUGGUGAAAGACCAGCAGGAGCUCACCCAGACCACCCAUUCAUCUGACAUGGUAUCUGGAACCUCCCUGCUCACCACUGGACAGGUUUCUGAGAAAAGGAUCUGGUCUGUUGCUCGUAACAUCUACCACAGUCUGCAAAGUAAGAUUAAGGAGAUUAUCAGAAAAGAUCUUCAAAGAUCAGACACAACUCUUGAUUCAAUCAAAAUGUUUACAUAUCAAAGCAGUUCUGUAUCACUGAGAGCUAAUCUCGGCCAUCUUGAGGUCAACCAGAGCAGUGUUACAUCUGGUGGAAAAGAUGCCUGUGUAGACAUUCCGCAUAAAUUACUACCUAAAACCACUGAGCUCUCAGGAUCCAUGCUGGAGGAUAAUGGCAUGAUCCGUUGUAGGAGUGCUGCCAGCCAAAAGACAAGAAAGUCCUCUUCUUCGCGCUCCUCCAUCUCUCCAACACCUACUUCAAAAUUAAGGCAGUCGCAAUGGCACUUUGCUUUACCCGGGACUCCCAUACCCACUGAGUUUCCUGCUCAGAUUGACUUUCCCAUUGUAAGAAACACAAUCAUUGAGGACUUCAUUCACACAGAGGACUUACUUCCUCUAACCUUUGUUGACAAAGUUAGGCAAGCUGCUGGGGUGGUAGUGAACAUUAUGGUGGAAAGUGUUGAGAACACACAGGAAAAUGGACAGGGUGCUUCUCAUCUUGACGACCUCCGUUCUGCUGUUAGGAAAUUGAGAAAAAUAAUUUCCACUUGGACCAUCCACAUUUUCAGUCAUGAAUUGGUGGAUAAAGUCAUAGCCAUUCAGGACAGCCACAGCACUCCACGUGUCUUAACAUUGGAAGCAGCCAAAAGUGUUUCAGACUCCAUUCUUUCAAGGCUGAAAUGGGGAAAGGAACAAUGUGCCAUAUCCAAGAAGCUCUCCUCCCAUCUUCUCCAGAUAUUUGCUGAAGAGACAGUGAAGGGCUUCCUAAAACAGUGGUCAGAUGAGUAUGAAAAUAUAAACUUUGAUGUUUCAGUCCAGAACGAUCCAAAGACUUCUACUUGUAUGGUCAUUCUUCAAAUGAUCACCAAAGCCACUGCUAAAUGUUAUUUUGAGUCCACUACCAGCGUGGCCACCAGUGACAUUGUAGAAGGCGUGUUUGAUUUGGCAAGGGAUACCAUCAGCAGUACUGGAGAGCAGGUCCUCACCUUUAACACAAAGGGUUCCAAGAAAGUUAGUAAGAACCUCUGUCCUCAAGAGUCUCUGGAGUACCAGCCUCAGAACACUUCCCCUACUGUGUACUUUACAGAGUCGAUGACAAAUUCUCAUGGCUUCUUUGCUCCAGAGGGAAAUUAUGAUAUUGCAUCGUCCUUCCCUCGUCCUUCCCAAGAGAAGAGUCGCAAACCCUCCCUUUUCACCAGAUUGUGUAGAGCCAUCACGAAAGGUUUUUCCAGCCCAUUCAAAUCUUCAAGGAAAAGCAAAUUAUUUCAUUAAAUUCCUCAUUAAAACAACAAGAGCAUUCAUUUGUUCAAAUCAAAAUUGAAUCGUAUUGGUCACAUACGCCGAAAACAACAGGUGUAGACUUUACUGUGAGAUGCUUUAUUACGAGCCCAUUCCCAACAAUGAAGAGUUAAAAAGUAAGAAGAUAUUUUCUAAAUAGUAACACAAUAACAAGGCUAUAUACAAGGAGUACCAGUACCAAGUCAAUGUGCAUGGGUGCGAGGUAGUUGAGGUAAUACAGUAUGUACAUGUAGGUAAGGGUAAAAGUGACUAGGCAAUCAGGAUAGAUAAUAAACACAGUAGCAGCAGCUAGUGUGAAAGUCGGUCAGUGUCACAGUGAAUGUGUGGGUAGAGUGUAGUGAGUGUGCAUCGAGCCAAUUCAAGAGAGUCGGUGGAAAACAAUUAGAAAAAUACAUCAAUAACAAAGGGGGUUCAAUGCAAAUAGUGCAGGUAGCCAUUUAAUUAACGUUAAACAGUCUUAUGGCUUGGGGGUAGAAGCUGUUAAGGAGCCUUUUGUCCCAGACUUGGUGCUCCCGUAUCGCUUGCCGUGUGGUAGCAGAGUGAACAGUCUAUGACUUGGGUGGUUGGGGCCUUCUGCCAAUCAUUUACAUAUCACCUUUACUUAAUAUCCAUCCGGGAUCCUCCUCAUCAAAAAAGCUGACUAGCAUAGCCUAGCCUAACGGGACAGGGAUAUCAUAUAAUAUAAUUUUCAUGAAAUCACAAGUCCAAUACAGCAAAUGAAAGAUAAACAUCUUGUGAAUCCAGCCAUCAUUUCCGAUUUUUAAAAUGUUUUACAGCGAAAACACAAUAUGUAUUUCUAUUAGCUAACCACAAUAGCCAAACACACAACCGCAUAUUUUCACCAUGUUUCCACCGCAUAGGUAGCUUUCACAAACCCGACAAAAUAGAGAUAUAAUUAGUCACUAACCAAGAAACAACUUCAUCAGAUGACAGUCUUAUAACAUGUUAUACAAUACAUUUUUUAAAAUUUGCAUAUUUGAGGUAUAAAUCAUAGUUUUACAUUGCAGCUACCAUCACAAAUAGCACCGAAGCAGCCAGAAUAAUUACAGAGAGCAACGUGAAAUACAUAAAUACUCAUCAUAAAACAUUUAUGAAAAAUACAUGGUGUACAGCAAAUGAAAGAUAAACAUCUUGUGAAUCCAGCCAAUAUUUCCGAUUUUUUAAAAGUGUUUUACAGCGAAAACACAAUGUAGAAUUAUAUUAGCUUACCACAAUAGCCAAACACACAAACGCAUUUAUUCACCGCAAAGGUAGCUUUCGCAAAAACCAGCAAAAGAUAUAAAAUGAAUCACUAACCUUUGGACAACUUCAUCAGAUGACAGUCUUGUAACAUCAUGUUAUACAAUACACUUAUGUUUUGUUCGAAAAUGUGCAUAUUUAGCGCUGCAAUCGUGGUUAUACAUUGUGAAUAUGUAGCAACAUUUUCCCAGAAUGUCCGGAGAUAUUUUGGACACUAACCUAAUCUGACCAAAGAACUCAUCAUAAACUUUACAUACAAAUACUUGUGGUAUGGCAAAUGAAAGAUACACUGGUUCUUAAUGCAACCGCUGUGUUAGAUUUUUAAAAAUAACUUUACCAUAACAUACAGCUUGCGUUAUUGUGAGACAGCACUCACCAACACGGCGGAGAAUAGGAGUCAAUAUUUUACACAGAAAUACGAAAUAACAUCAUACAUUUUUUCUUACUUUUGCUGAGCUUCCAUCAGAAUGUUGUACAAGGAGUCCUUGGUCCAGAAUAAAUCGUUGUUUGGUUUUAGAAUGUCCAUUUCUUCUGUCGAAUUCGCGCCACAAUGCUAGCCAAGGUUACUAACAUUCCCAUCCUCUCUUGGCGCAAAGAACGGAAAACUCCAAAAGUCCCAAUAAACGUUGAAUAAACUGAUAAAACUCGGUUGAAAAAACCUACUUUAUGAUGUUAUUAUCAAAUGUAUCAAAAAUCAGAGCCGGAGAUAUUCGCCGUGUAUACCGACCGCUUUUCAGAAGACAAUGUGGAGCUCCUUCGCGCGCCUUGGAAAACUGACAAAAUGGCUGACCUGUCACUCCAAAAGCUCUUGUUCGACCUCAGAUCAAGCUAGACACCCCAUUCCACCUUCCACUGCCUGUUGACAUCGAGUGGAAGGCGUAUGAAGUGCAUGCAUAUCGAUAAAUAUAAGGCAAUUGAAUAGGCAGGCCCUGAAACAGAGCCUCGUUUUCAGAUUUUUUACUUCCUGUAUAGAAGUUUGCUGCAAAAUGAGUUCUGUUUUACUCACAGAUAUAAUUCAAACAGUUUUAGAAACUUGAGUGUUUUCUAUCCAAUAGUAAUAAUAAUAUGCAUAUUGUAUGAUUUAGAAUAGAGUACGAGGCCGUUUAAAUUGGGCACGAUUUUUCCCAAAGUGAAAACAGCGCCCCCCUAUUGACAAUAAGUUUUUAAGGGGCCUUUUGUCCCAGACUUGGUGCUCCCGUAUCGCUUGCAGAGUGAACAGUCUAUGACUUGGGUGGUUGGAGCCUUCUGCCAAUCAUUUACAUAUCACUUACUUGAUUUUUAUUUUAUUUGAUGUCAUAUUGUUAAAGUAUGUAUCUGUUCUGCUGAAAAUAUGAUUUUGAAAACAAUGAAUGUCUACAAGUGCUUCAUAAAACAGUUAUAUUUAUUUUUGUAUUUUCAAAAGACAGCAAAUAGCCAAUCAAAUAUCAACAUAAGUGAAAUGAAAGACAGAUUUAAUUUUCAGUGAAUAAUUGUCUUGUCGAGUGAGCAACUCAAUGACAGCAAUUCAAUGACAUCAUUAGAUCACCUCCAAGAAGCAUCUUCAACUUUCACCUGACAACCCAUUUGUUAAGACACAUACACUAACCAAGUGUUUCUUACCUAUCAAGAAGUUUGAGAUCAGAAGCUUCUUCAUUACCCCAGAAAUGGAAAGGCUUUGAGACAAAGACAAUCAACUGACAAGAUAAUGCACAUACACUAACCCGGAUGUUCUACUUGCCCCACUGAGUUACAGCAAAGUUAUCAUUUAUGCAUGGCUCCACGAUCCACUCAUAGCUCUCACAGCUAUCUGACAGUUCUCAGAAUACCAAGGAAGAAGUGUGUGAUAUUGGAUUUUGUAUCCUUCCCACUCCAAGUGAUUGGGAGUCCCAUAGGGUGCCGCAUAAUUGGCCCAGCGUCGUCCGGGUUUGGCCAUCAUUGUAAAUAAGAAUUUGUUCUUAACUGACUUGUCUAGUGAAAUAAAAAUAAACUAUUUAAGUUGUCUGCUAUGUUGCUGUGUAAAUCCACACACUGCAGGGGAAUGAUGACACAUGCUGUGCUAACACAUCGUUACAGUAGUUGUCAGCUUUGUAACAUAAAUAAAGAGUUUGUCAAAUA